UUCAGUGAUGGUUCAGUCCUGAUGGACAUGACGUUGUGGCCCUUCAAGGUCAUUGAUGGACCUGGUGAUAAGCCUAAGAUAGCUGUUCAGUACAUGAGCGAGGAGAAGGAGUUUUCUGCUGAAGAUAUCUCCUCCAUUGUCCUCAUCAAGAUGCGUGACAUUGCGGAAGCCUUCCUUGGCAGGACAAUCAGGAAUGCUGUUGUCAGUGUCCCUGCCUACUUCAACGACUCUCAGAGACAGGCCACCAAGGAAGCUGGAGGUUUGGCUGGUCUGAAUGUUAUGCGCAUCAUCAACGAGCCAACUGCUGCUGCUAUUGCAUAUGGUCUUGACAAGAAGGUCAUCAGCGUUGGUGAGAAGAAUGUUCUCAUCUUUGACCUUGGAGGUGGCACCUUUGAUGUCUCCCUUAUCACCCUUGAGGACCUCAUCUUUAAGGUCAAGUCCACUGCUGGUGAUACUCACCUUGGUGGCGAGGACUUCGACAACAGGAUGGUUGAUCACUUUGUUGAAGAAUUCAAGAGGAAGAACAAGAAGGAUAUAAGUGGUAACCCCAGGGCUCUCCGUAGGCUAAGGACAGCUUGUGAGCGGGCAAAGAGGACCCUCUCCUCAACUGCACAGACCACCGUUGAGAUUGAUUCAUUGUGUGAGGGCAUUAACUUCUACACCACCAUCACCCGUGCCAGGUUUGAGGAGUUGAACAUUGACCUCUUCAGGAAGUGCUUGGUACUUGUGGAGAAGUGUCUGAGGGAUGCUAAGGUGGACAAGAGCACUGUACAUGAUGUUGUCCUUGUUGGUGGCUCGACAAGGAUCCCAAAGGUUCAACAGUUGCUUCAGGAUUUCUUCAAUGGCAAGGAGCUGUGCAAGAACAUCAACCCUGAUGAAGCUGUUGCCUAUGGUGCAACUGUCCAGGCUGCCAUCUUGAGUGGCGAGGGCAAUGAGAAGGUCCAGGACCUCUUGCUACUGGAUGUCGCACCUUUUUCUCUCGGUAUGCAGACUGACGAAGGUGUCAUGACAGUGUUAAUUCCGAGAAACGCUACCAUCCCGGCAAAGAAGGAGCAGGUCUUUUUCACCAACAAAGGCCAGACCAAUGACAUCAUCAAGGUGUAUGAGGGUGAGGGCACCAGGGCCGACAACCUGUUGGUAAAGUGUGAGUUCUCUGGCAUCCCUCCUGCUCCCAAGGGUGAGUACAAGAUCACAGCCUGCUUUGACAUUGAUGCCAAUGGCAUCCUGAUUCUCAAUGUCUCAUUUGAGGAAACGACCACUGGGGAGAAGAGUCAGUUCACAAUGAAUAAGACUAUUGAGGACAGGCUGAUUUUCAAGGACAGGCCGUUCUUCCUGCAAGCACUUGAGCUCUUGAUUUUCAACUUGCGCAACACCAUCAAGGACGACAAGUUUGCCUCCAAGCUGUCUGCGGAUGAGAAGAAGGUGGCCGAGGACGCCAUCGACCAGGCCGUCCAUUGGCUGGACAACAACAAGCAAGCUACGGAUGAUGAGUACAGGAAGAAGAAGGAUGAGCUGGAAAUUGUGAGCUGCCCCAUCAUCAUUAAGUUGCCCCUAAAGCUUGGUGAUGAAGGCAGCACUGAUCCGUGCCUGGCGCGUGUUCUUAAGGCUGGGGAGUAUCUGCAUAGCCUCCACGAGUCUGGGAAAGCAUGUUUUCACAAGCUGUUUCCUGGGGGCGUGGAGGUUGUUGAAGACUUCGCCGAGCUGCCAGGAAUCCUCGAAGGCAUGGCGGAGAAAUAUGAAGAUCGUCUGCGAUCAGCGGCGAGGGGAGGCGCUAAGACGACAUGUCACGGCCCGAGACCGGGCCUGGGAGAAUGA